GAAAUGGAGAACCACAGCAAAGGACGUGCCCGGAGCAACGAAGACUUGAUUGGUGAACGCACUGGCGAGCUAGGCUGCUGUGGCUGGAUUUUGAUCAUCCUCUCAACCUUUUUUGUCAUAGUGACCUUUCCAAUCUCCAUAUUCAUGUGUCUGAAGAUUGUCCAAGAGUAUGAACGUGCCGUCAUAUUUAGACUGGGACGCAUUACUGACAAGAAGGCCAAGGGACCAGGCAUUUUUUUUAUCCUGCCCUGCACCGACUCCUUCAUCAAGGUGGACAUGAGAACGGUAUCGUUUGACAUCCCACCCCAAGAGAUCCUCACAAAGGACUCGGUGACUGUGGCUGUGGACGGUGUGGUUUACUUCCGGGUCAGCUGCCCCAUUUCGUCCGUGGCCAACGUGACCAAUGCCGACUUCUCCACCCGCCUACUGGCCCAAACCACCCUGAGGAAUGAGCUGGGAACGAAGAACCUGUCAGAGCUGCUGUCAGACCGAGAGGGCAUCUCACAUAGCAUGCAGUCGACUCUGGAUGAGGCCACUGAUGCCUGGGGCAUCAAGGUGGAGCGUGUGGAGAUCAAGGACGUGAAGCUGCCUCUUCAGCUGCAGAGGGCCAUGGCGGCGGAGGCCGAGGCAACCCGCGAGGCCAGAGCCAAGGUGAUCGCGGCCGAGGGUGAGAUGAACGCGUCGCGGGCCCUGAAGGAGGCGUCGCUGGUGAUCGCCGAGUCGCCCUCCGCCCUGCAGCUGCGCUACCUGCAGACCCUCAACACCAUCGCGGCCGAGAAGAACUCCACCAUCAUCUUCCCCCUGCCCAUGGACGUCAUGGCCCAUUUCAUGCAGAGGAAGUGAGCGCUGCGCCCCCUCCUGCCCACACCCGGUAAUGCAGCCACGGCGUGCCGAUGCUUUACCCUGAACUCUCCAGAAAACCAUAGCCACAUAGUCCAUGGCAGAUGACCUGUGUGAAGCCUUCACACGGCUACAGGAGUGAAUAUCACCACAUCUCGGAUGUGCUUGUGCGACUUGUUUUAAAUGACAUGGUUGUGUUGAU